CGCUUUUAUUUAAUCAAACAAAGUUGUGCACGCAAAACGUGCUGACUAUUUGUUUUGACGUUUGUGUCAACACCAUCAUUUAGCGAGACAUCCUAAAUAUGACAGCAAAAAAGGAUUCUAGCAAAGCGAACAAAUUUGAACUUGGCGGGAUCAUAAAAUUAGCGCCAACAAGCAACCAGACAAUGAGCAUUGAAAAUAACGAACCAAAGCGAGCCAACAAACCAUUAAUGGAGAAAAGACGACGAGCAAGGAUUAAUCAAAGUUUGGCUGUUUUGAAGGCACUCAUCGUUGAAUCGACAUCAAAGAGCACAAAAAAUGCCGACGGGCAGAAACAAAAGCACUCGAAAUUGGAAAAAGCAGAUAUCCUUGAGAUAACUGUACGAGAAUUUCAAAGACAUCGAAAUCUUGAGAAUCCGGAAAUUAACAAAUAUCGUGCCGGAUAUUCUGAUUGUGCUCGUGAAGUUGCACGUUAUCUUGCAACACCAGAACCACUUCCAUCAGCUACCGUUCCCUCUUUAAGUGACCCGGGAUCAAAAGCCAGACUUCUACGUCAUCUCGACUCAUGCGUGCUUGAAAUUGAUACUGAAAUAUCAUCAGGUACAAAGGAUCAUUCACUUAUGUCACGAGAUUACCUUCGUACACCUUCAACUAUAAACACAACAGAUUGCAGUCAAGACUCAAUAAAUCCUUUGGAUUAUAGCAAAAUCAAUCAAGAUGGUGCACUAAACUUGAGUAAAAGUGUCAACAAUUCUCCCCCACUACCCGUUCAAGAUGAAAAUAACAACGGAAGAAUGUAUGGUGAAAGCACUUCAGCGUCAUCAACACCAACGUUAGUGCCACCCGACAAUUUCUCACCAUCAUCGUCCUCAACAUCGACGUCGACGAACAAACAUCAAGCAACGAGCAAAAAAACAUCCAACAAAGCAAUUACCAGCAGCAAACGGAAUAAAUCAUUUGUUGACAAGAGUGAUGAGUCAGUGGCUCAGUCUCCGGUGCCGCCGAAAAAAGCGAUGAUAAAAUCUGUUGAAAAGGAACGAAUUGCGAUGGAGGCGAGUGCUGCUGCUGCUGCUGCCGCUGCCGCCUUAAAACAACAGCAACAACAAGUUUUGUGUGAAGAUUCAAAUCUGAACGCUUCUCCAUCCACAAUUGGACCGCAAAAUUAUGUACAGCAAUUAGCCUCUGCCCUUGGCCUCAACUCAACAAUAGCAACAACAGAUUUUGAAAGUCUCAUUGAGUUAAAUAGACGACAACAACAUCAGCAGCAGCACCAACAACAACAAUUAAAUAUGAGUAAUACAAGUAGUCCCCCAACAACAGCAGACAUUCCUGUUCACACCACAAAUGAAUGGGAAAUGUAUAAAAAGAUUCUUAAUCUAAGCAGCCCAACGUCGGGGGGAUUAAAUAAGGCAGAAAAUGCCACCAGCACAAUUACAUUGAAGGAUUUAAAAGCACCCUCGCCAUUGCCUUCAACCGUCCAUGUUCAUCAUCAUGAAGUGGACGAGAAGGUUGAAACCAAUGUAAAUGACGACAAACAAACUUCGAAUAAGUUUGCUAUGGAGAAUGUUGUUAAUGGCAGUGAUAAAGUCAUUUACGAAGCACCAUACGAACGUCCAUUAGCGUCAUCCAUCCCAACAUCAUCACCAUCGUCUCAUAAUGUUUCGCCAACGUCGCCAACAUCGCCACCACCGCUACCACCCCCACCACUCUCAACAAAGAUGGAAAUUUACGAUUAUCCUUCCGAACGCACGUAUCCAACACAUAAAUCGAUUCAUCAUACAGCAGCGAUAGUCGCCUAUCGUGACGUGAUGGCUGAUGAAAAUCUUGAGAAUAAACAACAGAAUUUUGUAAACGAUGAAGAUGAUGUAUGGCGGCCGUGGUAAGAUGAAUAAUUCCUUUCUUCAUGUUGUAGCUUCUUAACUUAUGAAUAUCAUGUGAAUGUCUAAUCAAGAGAUAUAUUUCAAUAAACAUUAUAAUCAUAAAAUGAAAAGAAUUGUAAAUAAAUUAGCAUCUCGAGUCUGAGUAGAU